AUGGCCCUCAUACCUCCGAGAGCUGAAGAUGGUAGGAGCUGUGCGGAUGUUGUUCAGGAACAUGUACUAUUGCAGGGACGGUCGAGAUUCCAGUACUAUGCUCGUCGCGUGCGUUUCCUGAAGGUCCCCUGCUCAUACCAAUAUAGCAGCACCGACUCGCGCGGACAUACGAUUGACAUCGUUUCGCGACUAGCCUCCCUGUGCUCAUCUGUCGAGGUGUUAUUCCCCUCCCUUAUCUCUUUGGAGUGGGAACAGAGCUCUCCUCACGGCAACGAGCUCUUCGCUUUCUUGUCUCCCACACUCUCCCAUCUGAAUUUCUGGGUUGGCAGUCGUUAUCGCGGUGAACUCGAACCGUUAGCGGGUACGCAGGACAAUUCCACUCUCGAGCAGCUCACAGGUGCUCUUAGCUCUGUUGCUCCCUUCUUGAGGACUCUCAGACUGAGUGGCUCGUCUCCGCGCCGCCCAUUGGCUUUUGGUCCAGCCUUUUCUCAGCUCCGUGCUCUCGUGCUGAAUGGCACUACGACUUCUACCACGCUCAGUUCAUGUGCUGCACUGGAGAGCCUUUCAGAAUUGACCAUCGGACUUCUCGACACAGAUCUCGAUGCCCUUACGCCGUGCGUUGGGUUUCCGGCGUUGGAGACCCUCGCGGUGACGGGAUCGUUCUCCAGCAUCUCCCACCUCCUGUGCACAAUCUCGUCCACAAGUCUGCGUUCCUUUGUGAUGCCAGAUUUGUACCCGACGCCGGAAAGCUGGAGAGACUGCUCGGGCUGCUUCGCGGCCUUGGCUGCACAGUUUGCGCCGUCAUUGCGCCUCAUCAAGAUCAACUGCUACCUAGAGGGCGACGGGAUCGGCGAAAACGACAGCACUGCGCUCGGGCUGAUGGACGUGCUCAAUCCACUGCUCGCCCUCCACCUGCUGGAAGAUUUCACCAUCGAGCUGCGCGGCGUUCCACUCUCGUCGAGCGACCAGGACGUCCGCGAGAUGGCCGUCGCCUGGCCGCGGCUUGUGAAUUUUGCGCUCGGGUAUACACCCGGGUCCGCGUCGCCGUCCGUCUACUCGCUGUCUGAGUUCGCGAGACACUGUCCCGAUCUCGUCGUGCUGCAUCUUCUCCGCAUGGAGAUUCCCGCGCACCCGCCUGUGGAGCCCGAGACACAGCAGUCCUCGAAGCACGGCUUGCAGAGCAUGCUGUUUGCAGGCCGGCAUGACCCCAUUUGGGAGCCGCAGGCGUCGCAGCUGGCAAAGUUUCUUGAUCAUACAUUUCCGGGUCUGCAACCAGAUUGUCUGCAUGCGUCCGGGUGGGCGCAUGUGGUCGCUGCUCUUGGUCGCCUGCGUUCCUCGCGGAUGGAGGUCGCGGCGACGUCUGUGGCUGAUGAUGCUCCCUGA